AAGCUACUAAUACUUUGCACGCGACGCGUGAAUCGGCCAGGCUGAGGCCAUGCAAACGACAGAUUUUAAGCUCUGCUGGGGUGGAGAGGGGUGAGAAGCUAGUUCUCUCUGCUUCCAACUCUUCGUCUCGUUCCAUUUCUUCUACUCGACUACUCUCUCGUCUCCUCCCGCACCCACACGACGUGAGGUGAGCAAGAGCUCCGCGAACUCCAAGGGCACAAUAAUGGCGACGGCAGGGGCGGUGGAUGGCAAAGGCACCGGCGGCACCGAUAAGAUGGCUGCGUUGAAGGAGAUAUACAACAAGCUCAAGGCGGAGGUGCUCGAGGACCACGCCAUCGAGGUCACUCACGAGUCAGCCAUCCAGUGGAUCGACCGCAUGAUGGAUUAUAAUGUGCUCGGAGGAAAGUGCAACCGACUGCUCUCUGUCAUUGAUACCUAUAAUAUACUGAAGGGUGCUGAUGUUAUCAGCCAAGAAGAGACAUUUCUUGCUUGCACCCUUGGUUGGUGUAUGGAAUGGCUUCAAGCUGUUUAUCUUAUGCUCGAUGAUAUUAUGGACAACUCCCAGACACGACGUGGCCAGCCUUGCUGGUUUAGGGUGCCUCAGGUUGGCCUCAUUGCUAUAAAUGAUGCAAUUAUCCUUCACAACCAUGUUCCGCGUAUCCUUCGGCGCCACUUCAAAACAAAGCCAUAUUAUGUUGAUAUCAUUGAUUUGUUCAAUGAGGCAGAGUUCAAGGGAGUUUCAAGUCAGUUGUUGGAUCUUAUCAUUACUCAUGAUGGUAGAAAGGAUCUGAAUAGAUAUAACGAAACAAUUUACCGCCACAUCGCUCAAUACAAGACAGCCUACUACUCCUUUUAUAUUCCUGUUGCAUGUGCUUUGUUGUUGGCUGGUGAGAACCUGGAUAACUUUGGUGAUGUAAAGAACAUUCUCAUUGAAAUUGGAAUAUACUUUCAGAUCCAGGAUGAUUAUCUAGACUGUUUUGGUGACCCUGAACUCACCGGCAAGAUUGGAACUGAUAUUGAAGAGUCCAAGUGUUCCUGGUUAAUUGUGCAAGCUCUUGAACACGCUGAUGAGAACCAGAAGAGCAUUCUGAUGGAAAAUUAUGGAAAGUCUGAUCCAGCAUGUGUUACAAAAGUGAAGGACUUGUACAAAGAGCUUAAUCUGGAGUUGGUGUUUCGUGAGUACGAGAGGGAGACCUACAUCAAGCUGAUCGGUACCAUCGAGGCCCAGCUGAACAAGGCCGUUCAGACUCUUUUGAAGUCCUUCCUGCACAAGAUCUACAAGAGAGAGAAGUAGACCUAGCUCGUUAAGAAGCUGCUUGAUCGAUGCUUGCAUAAAGUAACUAUGCUUGAUGUGGUAUUUGUACUAUGUUGUUUGUUGUUCGGUCUUAAAUUUCCUAUCAUAUUGUACGCCGAGCUUAUAUGUAAUAAAGUACAUGCUUUCUUGUGGUAUGUUUCAGUAAUAAUAUCUCUGUCAUAUUCUUAGUUC